AACUGAUUUAAACCGCUAAGGCAAUGACAUACAUUUUACCUAGGAUCUUUCACUGCAAACGCAAUAUUUACUUGUAUGCAUGUGUACUCAGAUAUGCCUAAUUUAAUACAUGUCACUAUAGCAUACACGCGUAUGUAUGUUGCUACAUAUUGUGUCAAUUAAAUAUUAAAUAAACUUUUUGCAAAAUAGGUGCUAAUUUAUUGGUCCGAUACCUAUUGCCAAUAUGAAUAAUAAAAUUUUUGCAAGCAGUAGUGAAAAGGUUCUUCCUCCCACAAGACAAGCAGACAAUGAGAACGGUAAUGGUGAUUGCGAUAUCAAUGACUGCUUUCGUUGCCGCGGUUUUUUCAAGUUUUGCAAGUGAGACCGACACAUCUACACCCGGACGUAAGAAACGUCACUUACCAUUGAUGUUUGAAGAUUUCGGGGUUUCACAGUUUGUAUGUGGUUUUGGGAUCCCCAUCGAGUCGGACACGGAUUCAGUUAUAUCCGGAAUGGUAUUCAAAUCACAAUUUCCGUUGCCUACUAAGCCAAAAGACUUAAGAAAUCAUACAAGUCACAAUAUAAACGGCAGACUAAUAGAUAAUUUAAAUGAUCUUCCGUUAUUGAAACAAAUGCGAUGGCAUUUAUAUAAUGCAAUGGGAUUAUGGGCAUCUAGUAUUGGGCUCAAUGGACAUACCUGCGUUUUGAAAUCGCUAUGUGAAGCAAAUCAGGUACCUUUUAAUAAUGAUAGUGGUGAUCUCUGGCAUGAGAUUGCUCACAUAAUAUUUUCACCUUUUUCUAGCAAAGAUGAUUUAGUUGAUCACUUGAGCAAGGAUUAUAUUACUGCUGCAAAAAUUGGUCUAACACACAAAUGUGAUGAAGUAUUUAAGGAAUGUCCCAAAUCACUUUUGCAAAUUGUAUCGGAAAUAUUGUGAUAAUGCAACAGAGCGUCCACAUAUGAAAUGUACAUACAUAAACAGUAAUAAAAUGUCAAUAUGUAAUAUUGUGAUUUACUGCACAACUUUUUGGAGUCAUUAUUACAACCUAUUUAUCAUUUUUAUACCCUCCACCAUACAUAGUAUGGAGGAAGACGAUUUAGCCCUAUCUGCCCGUCUGUUGUAAUCACGCUUGAGUCAAAACGAAUAAAGAUAGGAAGCUUAAAUUUUGCGCAGAUCAGUCUUUUGUCUGCAUGCAGGUCAAGUUUGAAGAUAGGCUAUACAGGUCCACGAUAUCGUAUACAGCGAACAAAAACAAACGAAACAAUUAACGUACAGCUCUCGCGAGAAACAAACUUUUAUAAAAUUUUCAAUAGUUUUGUACUUCAAGCAAAACAAAACCACUAACAUUUCAAUAUCAGAAAUACACAAACAAU